AUGAGGACGAAAGGUGAGGCGGAUCACAACGCCGAACAAGCUCCUUCUCACAGCCAGCCGCCUAGAGAGGGCGAUUGCAUCGGUCGUUCGGAAGGAGGUGAGGCAAAGCAGAUCAUCCACGGGAGGUUUGCUCCAGUCAACAGGACCUUGAAGGUGAAGGACCAGGCAGUGGGGACGGCUUUCGGUUUCGUAACUCCCUUGUCGGAGAAAUAUUUCGACCUUCAGCGGCAGACAACAGCUAAGCAUUAUAUCAUCCGCCGUUUUGACAGCGGCUUUUUGCUCUCUUGGGCGACGCUCGCCGUCGAAGCAAAGAAUGAUUCUGACACGGCCCGUCGAUCGCUCUCGAGCUGGGAGCUCAGGUUAGGUCAUAAGCGCGACUGGAGAGAAAGGGUCACAGCUCUGAAACUCGUGAACUCUAAAACAGCGGCAGAGAUAUCAGCAAUCUGGACGAUCAUUGGACGAGAAUCGACCAUUUCCCACAAGCUUGGUAGGGUUGAAGGGGGAGCUCGGCCAAAUCAAAGCGAGCUGCAGAUUAUUGAACCGGGACAGGCAGACUGGGAGUUGAAGGUACCUCACCUAUCACAGGAUCCAAGGUCUGAUCGAGAGUGCAUGAAGACACUCCGUCAAAUUUCUACCCAGGCCAAUGAAGAAUCGUCACUGGUCGGCUUCACGAGUUAA